AUGAUGCCCGACAAAACAUUUAAAUUCAAAGCAGAAAAAUUUGUGGGUGGAAAACUCUCAAAAGAGGGUUUACCCGAAAAUUUACAAACAUACGAAAAUAUAGAUCAGAACCUGGCCACAACUGCUUCACUUACUGAUGAAGACAUUAUUGAUUCAGUGUCAAAAAGUAAAGAGAAACAAAAUGAAAAUGAUGAAGAUGAUCAAGUGGACGAUUCUGAACCAUCACCAACUGUUCAACAAGCACUUGAUACCGCCAAAGUUGUAGAAAAAUUCUUAUUGUUUAAUGAAGAUGAUUCCACCACAUCCCUAGACAUGCACAAAAUACUUAAAAAAUACAAAACACAUAUUGGCAUAGCAAAACACGUCAAGCAAAGUUAA